CCCCUGCGCCCACGUUAAAAGGCGGUGGCGAUUGAAUGAAUGUGAAGGAAGGAGGCCGAGAAUCCAAAAUCCAACCACGGCAGGCAGGUUUGACCAUGGCCGCCCUGCCCUUUCAGCUCGCCCCCGUCUUCUGAGUCGAAUCCCGCCGGCCGGAAUGGGGAGGCACGCUUGCUGCUUCAAGCAGAAGCUGAGGAAAGGCCUGUGGUCUCCCGAGGAGGACGAGAAGCUUCUGAAUCAUAUCACCAAGUACGGCCAUGGAUGUUGGAGCUCCGUGCCCAAGUUAGCAGGUCUCCAGAGGUGCGGCAAGAGCUGCAGAUUGAGGUGGAUAAACUAUCUGAGGCCUGAUCUCAAGAGGGGCACCUUCUCCCAGCAGGAGGAGGACCUCAUCGUCGAACUCCAUGCGGUGUUAGGCAACAGAUGGUCGCGGAUUGCUACCCGGUUGCCGGGGAGGACGGACAAUGAGAUCAAGAACUUUUGGAAUUCCUGCGUGAAGAAGAAGCUGAAGCAGAGCGGCAUCGAUCCCGACACCCACAAGCCGCUCAACGAGGCAGACGGCGGAGAGGCAAGAGCAGCCGGUAACGGCGACAAGGCGUCAGAAUCCGGCGAGCCGAAGAAGCUCGCGCCGCCCGGGUCGGGGAAUCCGGAGCACGCCGUCCUCCAGCCGAUUGCGCCAUUGAUGCCAAUGCUGGAGCGGAACCAAAUUGGGAGGUCGAUGACAGCCACGGAAGAACUCGGCCUUCCCAGAAGCGUGGAGAGCUCCUCCCUGGCCAGCUCAAUGAGCUACAUCGCACUUCAGCAUGCAUCUCGGAGCUCCAACUGCGACAUCGUCAACCAAAAUAUGCCUCUCUGGUUUGCCCAGAACUGCAGGCUGCUCGAUGUGAUCCCAGAAUUGAGCUACAACACACCGUCGACUCCAUCGACCUCGGUGGAAUUAAAGCCGAUGCCCGCCGGUCUCCCAGCGGACGCCUCCCUGCUACCUUUCCAGUACUUCGAGGCAUGCAAUACCAGCAACAGCAGCGCGAGCAGCGGCAACAGUAGCAAUGGAGUGGAGUUGCAGAGCUACAGUCCCUUUCUCGACAAUGGCAUCUUCCCGUGGUCAGAGCUGCUGCCCAACAAGGGAGCGGAAAUCCAUCUCGAAGGCGAGCCAGAGGAUCUCAAAUGGUCGGAGUACCUCAACGGCACCAUCAGAUUGACAGACACGAUCAAGAAACAAAGCCGGUGCUCGUAUGGAAUCAGCAAUGGAGAGAAGCAUACAGCUAUUCAUUAAUCGAGUUCUCGGAAACAGCAACUGAAUUGGAGGACUCGGAAGCAAAGAGAAGACAGCAGAGUAGUUCACAGGUGUGUGUGUGUGUGUGGGUGUGUGUUACAAGAUUUUUCUCAUGCACAUAAGUCUCGGAGAACAGUCGUAAGCUAUGUAAUCUUCGAAUAAUUUGUCAGGGUGGCAGUGUUAUCCCAACUUAAUUGUUUAGGUUGGGACAGAGUGCAGAUAAUAAAAGCUUCUUUUCAGUCA